UCUGUCUCGUUAUGUAGUCUCAGACGGACUGGUGUUGAGAUCAGAUGUCUGUGGAGGCCACACCAUCUGUUGCAGAACAACUUGUUCUUUCGCUGGAAAUACUAGUUUGGGGCUGCGAUUGGGCUCAUUGUCAUACUGCAGAAGGAUUUUGGGACGAAAGCAACUCAAAGCACCCAUGCAGCGCUGCCUCACUCUGACUUUUGCCCGGCAAAGCAGUCUCCUAUUGGGGAAUAAAUUUGCAACUGUCCACUGUCAGCAGACGGCAGCCAUGUCAGGUCUCCUCAUCCACCAGCCCAAGUACGCCUGGCUGAAAGAGCUUGGUCUGUCCGAGAACAAUCCCGGCGUUUACAAUGGCAGCUGGGGAGGUAGCGGGGAGGUCAUCACGUCUUACUGCCCUGCCAACAAUGAGCCGAUUGCCAGAGUAACCCAGGCUACUUUGGGGGAGUAUGAAGAAACUGUCCAGAAGACGAAGGAGGCUUGGAAAAUCUGGGCAGAUAUUCCAGCUCCCAAAAGAGGGGAGAUUGUGAGGCAGAUUGGUGAUGCACUUAGGAAGAAGAUCAAAGUCCUUGGGAGCCUAGUGUCACUGGAAAUGGGCAAGAUCUAUGUUGAGGGCGUGGGCGAGGUUCAGGAAUAUAUUGAUGUCUGUGAUUACGCUGUUGGUCUGUCCAGAAUGAUUGGCGGGCCCAUUUUGCCCUCAGAAAGACCAGGCCAUGCUCUGAUCGAACAGUGGAACCCAGUUGGACUUGUCGGCAUCAUCACUGCCUUUAACUUCCCAGUGGCUGUGUAUGGCUGGAACAACGCCCUCGCUCUGACCUGUGGCAACGUCUGCCUUUGGAAAGGAGCUCCUACCACACCUCUCACAAGUGUUGCAGUUACCAAAAUCGUGGCUGAGGUGCUGGAGCAGAACAACCUGCCCGGUGCAAUCUGCUCCAUGACCUGUGGAGGCGCUGAUAUCGGUACCGCCAUGGCAAAGGAUGAGCGUGUUGAUCUGCUGUCGUUCACUGGAAGCACCAAUGUUGGCAAGAUGGUGGCCAUGAUGGUGCAGGAAAGGUUUGGUCGCAACCUGUUGGAGCUUGGUGGAAACAAUGCCAUCAUUGUGUUCGAGGAUGCUGAUCUAAAUCUUGUGGUGCCUUCUGCUGUUUUUGCAUCUGUGGGAACUGCUGGCCAGCGCUGCACCACAACCAGGAGGUUGAUUCUACACGAGAGCGUUCACGACACAGUGGUUGAGAGGGUCACCAAGGCCUACAAACAAGUACGCAUUGGAGACCCCUGGGAUCCCAGCACCAUGUAUGGACCUCUGCACACCAAGCAAGGUGUGGAUCAGUACCUGGCAGCUAUUGAGCAGGCCAAACAACAGGGCGGCACAGUGGUCUGUGGAGGAAAGGUGAUGGACCGUCCCGGACACUACGUGGAGCCCACCAUUAUCACAGGGCUGGCUCACGAUGCUCCCAUCGUCCACACAGAAACCUUUGUCCCCAUCCUCUACGUCCUCAAAUUCAAGACAGAAGAGGAGGCGUUUGCCUGGAACAACGAGGUCAAGCAGGGUCUGUCCAGCAGCAUCUUCACCAAAGAUAUGGGCAGGGUUUUCCGCUGGCUCGGGCCCAAAGGAUCCGACUGCGGCAUUGUGAAUGUCAACAUUCCUACAAGUGGAGCUGAGAUUGGAGGAGCCUUUGGCGGGGAGAAACACACUGGAGGUGGAAGAGAGUCCGGCAGCGACUCGUGGAAGCAGUACAUGAGGCGUUCAACGUGCACAAUAAACUACAGCAAGGAUCUUCCUCUGGCACAAGGAAUCAAGUUUGAGUGAAGACUUGAAAUAGAUUAAUUAAGCUUCAACGUUGCCCAGAAGGAUAACACUAAAUGUUGGUGACAAAGUAUUGCUUAACAAAUUCAAGGCAUUCGUUUUUUGCAUUUUUUGCAAGGUCAGUUUAAUUAGAAAAAAAUAAUAUAAUUAGUGUCUCAUUAGUUAUUUAUCAAGUCUGUUUUUGUGGUUAUGGCUUUUGAGAUUAAUCCUGAAUUUAAAGUUUGAAAAUUGUUGUGUUUAAGGUCAAAUUCUUUUCCCCAAUAUGUUGGUGUGCACUUUUCUACAAGCCCUUAAAGUCAGUUUGAGUGCUACUUCACUGUAACACAUACUUGAUAUGGUAUAAAAAUAAAUCUUUAUUUUGGAAGAAUAUCUGAAGUCGACAUAACUAACAAGGUAGAAUUUAGUAUACAAGUCAAUUAAGGUGCAAAAGUCCUUUUUGAUUUGACAAUACAGUAGAUCUUAUAUGAACAGAGACGCUUAAGAUCGCAAGAUAGUCAUUCUAGUAAUAACAGCCUUUUAUCACAGACUGCUAGGUGGAAAAAAUCAUGAAAGUUUCCAAGAUUAUAAAAAAACAAUCCUGGUUAAUUUAAGGUAGCUGUAAAACACCUGUUUGCAUCUCUAUUAUAGCAUUUAUAUGAACAGAUCAGUCAAGAGUAACUGGUGUAAAUGCAGUGAUCCGUGUACUAUACUUUGCAUCUAAAGCGACCUUCAAGAGAGAGUCACAAUGUACUUUUCAGACUAUCAAAUAACAAUAAAGUCUUCUUGGUUAUA